ACCGCAGUGGCUGAGCUGCUGACAGGAGGCGGCGGCGGAGGAGGAGGCGAGGCAAGACCUGCAGCUCGGCCAGGCCACCGCCGCGGUAGCGCAGGGCAAGCCCGCGGAGCCACGCCGGCCUUAGCCCGACUGUGAAUCUCGUGCCCCCAACCCACCUGUCUAUCCGCCUCGCUGCCUGCCCGCCCGAUUCUUCCGGGGCGGCCUAGUCUGCACCACCCGCGGGGCUCUUGGGGCCCCGCGCGGUCCAGUCGGCGUCCCCGGCUGCGCCCGGCCUCUGGCCCGCUCGCUUGCCGGCACCAUGAUGGAGGAGAUCGACCGGUUCCAGGUGCCCACCGCGCACUCUGAGAUGCAGCCGCUGGAUCCAGCCGCCACCUCCAUCUCAGACGGAGACUGUGACGCCCGGGAGGGUGAGUCAGUAGCCAUGAAUUACAAACCAUCCCCGCUCCAGGUGAAGCUGGAGAAGCAGCGGGAGCUGGCCCGGAAGGGCUCCCUGAAGAACGGCAGCAUGGGCAGCCCUGUCAACCAACAACCCAAGAAGAACAAUGUCAUGGCCAGGACAAGGCUGGUUGUUCCAAAUAAAGGCUAUUCCUCACUUGACCAGAGCCCAGAUGAGAAGCCCCUGGUAGCCCUUGACACGGACAGUGAUGAUGACUUUGACAUGUCCAGAUACUCUUCUUCCGGCUACUCCUCUGCUGAGCAGAUCAACCAAGAUUUGAAUAUCCAGCUGCUGAAGGACGGCUACCGGUUAGAUGAGAUUCCCGACGACGAGGACCUAGAUCUCAUCCCCCCCAAGUCUGUGAACCCCACCUGCAUGUGCUGCCAGGCAACAUCCUCCACCGCCUGCCACAUUCAGUAGCUGGCGGGGCCACUGCGGCUUCAUGGGAGAGGCAUGACCCCACUGGGCCAGGCUGAACGGGGCAGGGGCCGACCCCUCUCGCUCUCUACCUGCCCUAGGCCGUGCCUCCUACAGCCGCCAACCUCGUAACAGUCAUUGCUUCCUCCUAUGGUAGGACGUGUACCUCUGUGUGUUCCUGGAGCCGGAGAAACCAAAACCGGGGCUCUCUCCACCCCAGGGGGUGGCUAAGGAAGGGUGGGGUUCUUUGUUUAGUUAUUUGGGGGACCUCAUUCAGCAAACUCUCCUCUUCCCUAAGACUGCAAUCUCGGCACUUCGAAGCUUUGAGACUGGAUGGCAGGGAGAUCAGUGCUAAUAUGCAGGGAGAAGGAAAUCACAUAGUCUGGGGCUUGGCUCCAUCCCAGCAAAGCCAUGAAUCCCCCAGCCCCAACCUGACAAGGAAAGGGAUCUGGAGGGAGAAAGGCCCAAGGCAGUGGGAACAUAGCCUAGUGCCCCCUGGAAGCCCAUGUACCUCUUUGCGUUUUUCCCCUCAUCUCCAGAUGGCAAGCCUGUCAAGGAGGCCCCAGGAGGUAUCCUCCCCCACCCUUUAGAUCACUGCCUUCUUCUGCUUUGUCCCAUUCAGCCCAUUCCUGGCCCUCUGGCCCAUCAGGGUGUGGUAAGAGCUGUCCUCACUGGUCCCUAAUGCAUCUGUCUCUGCCUCCCCUGUCACCCUCACCCCCAACACUUCUGUCCAUUGCCCAAGCUGGAAGCAGAGUGUGAGCUCUACUUUAACACCCUACUCCUACCUUACCCAGCCCAAAGGCUGGGAGCCUGCUUUGUAUUAAAUCCCUUCAAAGAACAGGCUUAGGAAAAUACAGUGGGCUGAGCAGUGGCUGUGCAUGUAUGGCAGUGAGCACUGAGAGAGAGAGAGAGAGAGAGAGAGAGAGAGAGAGAGAGAGAGUCAGUGUCUGUGUCUCUUUGCUGGACCUGUCUCUCCAGAUUUCUCUUCCUAUCAUAGAUGUGUCAGUGUGACUAUGUGAUCUGUUUGCAGUUGGGAGAAGUUGGAAGAGGCUGCUCAGCACUGCAGUGGGCUGAGUCUGGCGAGGAGCCCGAAGCCUGUGUUUUGCUCCUAGCUCUGAGGCUCCAGAUGAUCUUCAGCAAGCUAUGUGCUGUCUCUGGGCUUCAAUUUCCCCAACUAAAAAAUAAACAGCAGCUGAAAUCCUCAAGGUCCUUUCAUACCCAAAGGAAUUUCUUCACAGGAAUUUCUGCAGAGGGGUAUGAGACCACUGUGUGUCUUUGAGUGUAUCCAGGGGCUCCCUAAGGUGUGUGUUCGUAUGGAAAGGGGAAGUACAUGCCAUCUGUGUAGAAGAGUUCUGUGUGUCUGCAAGUGUGAAUGUGUGCAGAGGUGUCUGCUUUAUGUAUGCGGCUGCAUGAAGUAUCUGUAGGUCAGGAUAUUUGUUCCGCUGCUUCUGCCACUAUUGCUGGCCUAGGGCCAGACACCAAAACAGCUAAGGAUAAAGAUCAAGGGAAGAGGUGAGCCUGCCUCAACGUGAAGGAAAGUGGAAGCACAUGUAGCCUCAGACUGUGUGUGCCUGUACCCGUGUACCUCCUCCACACAGUGAAGCAGUGUGCUGCCCCCGACCCCUGUGCCAACAGCCAACACACACUAGAGUACCCAUUGUUACAGACAGCACCACACACCCCUCUCUAGACUCUAGUCCUCGGAGGUAGAAUCUGGAAUUGGGGGGAGAAAGGGGCAAGGGGCCACACCAUCCCCUGCGCCUCAUCCGGAAGCUGCCAACUCCAAAGUAUUGGGUGCAACUCUAGUCCCUGUAUUUCUAACUCACCUUUAACUCUUCUAAUGCAGGGACUCUAGUCAGAUGAUGAAAAACUACCAAAGGGAAGCAAAGAAAGUAAAGGCAUCUUCAGGGCCCACAAGCCACAUAGUGGUCUCUACCUGAGCCCCUCUACCACCCUGGUAUUCUAGCACUACUGUCACCCGGGCCCCAGAGCCAGGCCUCCACUACCACCAUUACCUCCCUGGACUCCUUGGUUCCCUUUCUAUAACAUGGGUACCUCCUCUUUUUUAGACUUCUGCCUUUACUGUGUGACACUGGCCCACUGGUCAGUCUCUGUGGCCCCGAGGAAGCAGGGAAAAGCUCCUUUCCCACAGGACAUACUAGUUCCCUGGCAGGCACGGGCUUCAACUAAGGCAGCAUAACUAUGGCAGGGAGAGAGGACACUGGCAGCCGUAGCUUCUGUGUCUUGAGUUCAUGGUUCCCUCCUUUGCAUUCUAGGAGGCUGAUGGGGGAAAAGCCAAGGCCUUGGCUUGCCCUUGCCCUUGCCCCUGCCCCUACCUGUGCCCCUGCCCCAGCCCUGUUGUAGAUACUGCCUUAACACUCCCUUCACCCCAGCUGUGGCUGCUGCCCAGCCAGGUUUCUCCGUGCUCACUAAUUUAUUUUCAGGAAGGUGUGUGGAAGACAUGAGCCGUGUAUAAUAUUUUUUUUAACAUUUCCAUCGCAGUAUUGACCAUCAUCCUUGGUUGUGUAUCGUGUAACACAAAUAAUGAUAUUAAAAGCAUCAAACAAGUCA